AUUUGGACGUCCCAGAACCAGUGCGAAGCGAUCCCAAGUUCAAAUAUCUUGUCAUGGACUGUAGACGGCCUGAGUUUGACAACCAGGAAUCUUUAUCUGAGAUGGAGCGGGAGAAGCCGUGGGGUCCACAGUGGCAGUUUGGUCAAGGCACUUUGCCUUGGCUCGACUAG